CUUCUAUCCAUUAUUCUCUAUUCUUGUGUCUUCUACAAAGUUAGUGGUAAUUCUACAGGUUAAACUGGAAGCUCGUCCACUAACCUAUACCCUCCAGUAAGACUUACAAGCUCUUACCACAGACAAUGGAUACGUUUCUAUACAGACAGUUAAGCCCCCCACACACCUUCGAACAUUUCACCCAACCUGACCUGGCGUCGUACCCAACGCCCAACCUGUCAAGUUAGACGUUUACCCCCACACUGUCGAACGUGCGAUCGAGCAGGUUGGGUGUCUUGUCAGUUGUAUUAUGGAUUUCGAGACAAGUGUAGCUGUUUGUGCUGGCGCUUUUUGUCUGAAACGACAAAAGAAGAAAAAAGAUCGACGCUUGUGGUCUAAAAAAUGGUUUUUGGACCGGAGUAAGUUUAGCCAUAUGUCGCUUCUUGCUGAACUUGCCAUUAGUGAGCCUCAAGACUUCAAAAAUUAUCUAAGGAUGAGCGAGGAAAGCUUUGAAUAUCUAUUCGGAAGACUGUGUGAGCACAUAGAAAAAGAAGAUAGCCUUUUGAGAACCUCAAUUCCUGCAAAAGAACGUCUUGCAGCCACUCUCCAGUUUCUAGCCAGUGGUAGGAGCUACGAGAAUCUGAAGUUUAGUUGUGCAAUAUCUCCGCAAGCACUAGGAAAAAUCAUACCAGAAACUUGUGCAGCUAUUUUUGAUGUUCUAAAGGAAGAUUUCUUAAAGUUUCCUUGCAAUGAAUCGGACUGGAUGAACAUAGCUGUGGACUUCAAAAAGUACUGGCAAGUUGAAAACUGUAUCGGCGCUAUAGACGGAAAACACAUAGCGAUUCGUCAACCUCCGAAAAGUGGGUCAUACUACUACAACUACAAAGGGUUCCACAGCAUUGUUCUUUUUGCUGUGGUCAAUGCUAAUUAUGAAUUCAUCUAUGUAAAUUGUGGUACUAAUGGAAGAGUAUCCGAUGGUGGCGUACUUAUGGAAACUGAUUUUGGAGAGUUGCUGGAAAAUAAGGAAUUGCACUUGCCGUCACCAACAAGCUUCGAUGACAGGAGAGACGUUUGCCUCCCUUUUACAUUCCUUGGAGAUGAAGCUUUUCCUCUGAAGGAAAAUCUUAUGAAGCCCUAUCCAAACAAAGGAAUCACCCACGACGAAAAGAUUUUCAACUAUCGGAUGUGCCGUGCUAGGAGAGUGGUGGAGAAUGCGUUUGGCAUCUUAGCGACUCGAUUUAGAGUCCUUCUUUCGACAAUGAAUGUUAGUGUAGAGAGGGCAGAAAUCAUUGUUUUGGCGUGUUGUACUUUACAUAAUUUUCUACGCCAGAAAAGUCCAACCUACCUAACUCAAAGUAGUGUGGAUUGGGAGGACACUUCAGCAGGCCAGUUAAAUGAGGGUGAGUGGAGGCAGAACACGCAAGAACUUCUUGGGUUUAAAAGAAUGAGGCGGGAUGGCAGAGAACAAUCAAUUGCCAAUGCAGUUCGAGGUUGGUAUAAAAGUUUCUAUAACAACGAAGGAAGUGUUGAUUUCCAAGAAAAAAUGAUUAAUAAGCGUUGACAGUUCGGUAUUGAGUGUAAACAAGUGCGAUGAUAUAGUUAACAACAACAAAAAUUAUAAAAUAUGUUGAUUUUGCUAUGUAGUCCUAUCUUUUUCAAUUUGAUAACUAAAUAUUGGUGAACUUUGUACAUUUUUUCUAAUUCGUUUAGAUACCAUAACUGUGUCUUAUUUAUAUUUUAAUUCGCUAACUUUGGAAAAAAGCAAUGUUGUAGUUUAUUUAAUUAUAUUGAACUUAGAAAAAAACUAAAGUGUAUUUGUUUUCCCUUUAACGUAUGCCUAAAUAUUACUGUAUUGCAAUUAUAUAUUGCAAUUUUGAUUAAUAUAUUCAUUCUUGAAAUUUAACUUUUAUUAUGUAAACUUAUUAGAUAAAAAAUUAACUUAUAUUACCCUUCAAACAUGUGCCAAAGAGCUUUUUGUCACCCACGAUAUUUUUAAUAUUGAGGUAUGUUACUCUGAAGACAGUUCUAAGUAAAAAUAAAUAGGAAGGUAGAUAGAAGUAAAACCAAAACAGAUGAAAUUCCUAGGAAAU